UCCUCUCGAUCGAGCACCACCACCUGUGGCAGAUGAGUCAGCCGUCAGCGCGUCUGACCCCCGCGGCUCCAAUGUCAGCGUGACAGACACACCAUCGUCCGCGGAGCCGCCGUCGACGUCCUCGCAUAGCUGCUCAGUUAAUGAUCUGCCCACGCCACGAUGCACCGCUCUGCUCUGAACAAUCACACUAAUGUUUCCGCCUGCUUGUCAUCACUGCCUUCUCCUUGACUGCUGGAUGGCGCCGCUGCAGCUGAUGUUUAAGUUUUGACCGUCUUCUUCCGCGUCUUCUCACAGUGCGCGAGUUGAGGUGUGAUUUUUUUUUCUCCUCCUUUCUUCACUUGGGAAGGUGAUCCUUUCGUGGCCACACGCAGUAUGCGAGCAGAGGUGGAGGUUGGCGGACACUGGGACUGAGUUGGCGGAGAUCUCGCUGGAGGCUCUUUGCGCGUCUUUCUUCCUGUUUUUUCUUUUUGUUUUGUUUUCUUGGACACCUUCGGAGAUCGGAACUGUUUGGGGUUUUUAAUUUUUAAUUUUGGAAGGGGGGAAGGCUCUUUAGCCUGCGCUCUUUCCCUUGGCACUGCGAUGUCCACGAGAAAGGCAUCGUUGACGGAGAAGCAGGCAAAAAACGGCACAUCAAAAUAUGUCUUGGAGAGAUGCGCGUCUAUUAACGAGUAUUACGAUAUUGCCUUCAAGGUGAUGUUGCUGGGAGAUUCGGCCGUGGGGAAGACAUGCCUCUUGGUGCGCUUCAAAGAUGGGGCAUUUCUGGGAGGCAACUUUAUAGCCACCGUUGGAAUAGACUUUAGGAAUAAAGUGGUGGAUGUCGACAACCUGAAAGUCAAGCUACAGAUCUGGGAUACAGCCGGCCAAGAGAGAUUCCGCAGUGUAACGCACGCCUACUACAGAGAUGCCCAAGCGUUACUCCUGCUUUAUGAUAUCACCAGCAAGCCAUCAUUUGACAACAUCAGGGCUUGGCUGACUGAAAUACACGAGCAUGCCCAGAAGGAUGUGGUCAUCAUGUUGCUCGGCAACAAGUCAGACAUGGCUGCAGAGAGGGUCGUGAAGACGGAGGACGGGGAGAAGCUGGCCAAGGAAUAUGGAGUACCAUUCAUGGAGACCAGUGCCAAGACCGGAGUCAAUGUGGACCUGGCUUUUCAAGCUAUAGGAAAGGAGCUGAAGCACAGAGCGACGCAGCAGCCAAAUGAGCCCAAGUUCCAGAUACACGACUACAUCGAGUCUCAGAAGCACAAGACUGGCUGUUGUGGCCCGUAGCUGAUGCUGAUAAUCUGGCAGCGAGAGACACAUACAGAUAAAGAAAUGUGGAGGGAGGGAAAGUUUAAAAAAAAGAAAAGAAAAAGGCUGGUCUCUCUUAUGAAAGCCAAUCCCUGCUCCAAAACCUGAGAAGCAGACGUCCUCGUCUUCGCUCCACCGAGCUUUCGGCUGAAUGAAAGUGAAUCUGGAUUGGUUGCCAUCCCCUAUUUGAAAUGUGAAUUUCUACCUUUUAUGUCACGUGUAGAGAUAUUUGUGGGUUUUUUUGUGGUGACAGUUGUAUCAAAGCUACCAGUCAGAAGUUGCGGACUGAAACGCUAUAUCCAUCUGCAGGGAUGGGACGAAUGAACAGGUUAAACAACCGCUGGUGCCGGCGAUUGCCAGCGUGGAUAUAGCAUUUCAUUGCUGCACAACUCUGAGCUUGUUUAAUCCCAGUUAUAUCAGGCUGUGAACAGAAUCCUUUUUUGGCCUUACAGUCUUUUAAAUCUUUAAGUGAGUCUGAGUCUCAUGAUGAGAUUGUAGCUAAAAUGAUCCCAUCUGUUCACAUCUGUACUGCUGUUAGAUAGAAUAAAGCCAACGUUUGGAGGGCGUUUACCCACUCUGUGUCUGUCUGUACAUUCAAUUCAGGGCCAGUGACACGCCAUCCCGAGUACUGUAUGUGUAACUAUAGACAGUGGGAUUAUUUCCACUGUUCCCUCCACAUGCACCACUCACACACAGCAACAGCACUCCCCCUCACACAGCUAUUGUCGUGUCCCCUUCGGUGGUGGAUGUCGGUGUGUGUAGCCUGUAGCGAAGCUGUAUUUGUGCAUCACUUUUCUUUGUACGCUGUUCUUUGCUCAUUAUGAACGUUUGCUCGUCAGACUUGCUCUGUGUCACAUUUGUCCUCUCUUGAGAGGUUGUCACGGUGAUCACAAAGUGCCAUGAAAAAGUGCUUUGUUGUCAUACGAUCUAUAAAAAAAAUAUAUUUUGUAAUGUACGUGCUGCUGCUUUAUUGAAGUCUGGCUCGUCUGCGUUUCUGUGUCUGUGUGUGUGUGUGGGUGUGUGUGUGUGUGUGUGCUUGAGUGGGAGUCGCUGACAAACGGCAAGAUGUGCUGCAGUUAAUGAGCCACUGUGUGGCAGCAGCUGCCCUGUUUAUUCUCCAACAUGCACAGCUAGAGAAAAUAAAGUGUUUUAUCAAUCAGGUAGAUAACUGUACACAUGUUAA